AUGUCACACCACCACCACGGCCGUUUUCAUCCAACUUUAACAGCAAAAUACAUUCCUGCAAACCAAAAUACGCGCCGUUUCAAGACAAGUAUCGACUUCCAUUCACCAAUGAGUCCUCGCUCGAAAUCCGAUUUGGCUAUAGUCACACAGACCGUCAACGCCUUGUUGCUACGCACAUUCGCUCUCCUCCAGACACCACUGUCUAGCACAACCCUCCGGCUAGCGCUGCAAAAUGCCAACGCGGCCUUAGAAACAGCGACGAAAUCACGGCGUUUCGAUCUUGAGCCACGAGCUCACCUCUACCGCGGGCACGUCCUUCGCGCCUGGGGCCGCUGGCGUGCUGCGUGGCAGGCCUAUAUCCGCGCGGCCAGCGUGAAGGGUAUUGGAUUCUCAGAUGCCGAUGUCGAGAGUCUAACGCGGGAGUGUUGGCAGAUGAUGAGAGCACAACAGCAGUAUAAUUCAAGCUGGAAGGAAAUCCUGGUGGAGAAGAAAGUGAUCAAGUCAGGUCUGUUUGAGAGAGAUGAAGCGACGUUUGAUGAGCCUCGCAAUGAAGACAUUGAGACACAUUCUGAUGGUUACAUCGAGGGCAUGUAUAUACUACUAAACGAGAACGGUGAAGUCGUCGGCAGUCGCGAGAGUCUGCCCGACUUGAGAUCUGUACGAGGUAGAGGGUCUGUUCAUCGGUCUUCAAUAUCGAUAUCGAGAUGA